AUGAGCUCUUUGGGCAGCGUCGAGCCGGCUCUGGCCGGUCCCGGCGACUACACUCUGUUUCAGGCGCCCUCGUGGAUGAGUCGGUCGCGGGCGAAUAGCAACGCCGGUCUCUCCGUGUUGUCGGCCUUUCCCAAUCCGGUGGCAUUUCGCGACGACCUGUCGCCACCCGAUCCCGCAACCGGCAUUCACGCCCCACGCCCCAUGCAUGCGGCUGCUGCUGCUGCUGCUGCUGCUGCUGCGGCUGCCGCCACCAACGCCGUCUCACCCACCCCAUCCGGCUGCGGGUUCCGACGAUACGGCAGUCUCCAUGCGGCCAGGGGUGGUGUCAACACGGCCGGAUCACAUCGUCUCAGGCAGCAGUUGUCGUCGACCGGCUCCGUCUUCUCGGCCGGCCUCAAUUCGCGUCUCCAAAGCAUCGAAGCGGACGGUCAGGACGCCGGCAACGGGCCCAUCUCACCGCGGCUGAUGCGGUUCACGUCGUUUCGCCGACAAAGUGAGUCCAUUUCACGUUGUUAA